CCUCCACUACACCACCACUCCCUUCUCGGCUUUAUAAAAAAGCCAUAGAACCCAUUACAACUUCCCCCUUUUCCCUUUCUUCUCUCUCCCACAUACACUUUCUUCCACCAUAGCUGCUUCCAAUGGGAUUCUACAUCGAAGACCCUCUCUCCGGCUUCACAAUAGGCCAGGCCAUAUACGAGGCCGCUCUCAUCAUUGCAGUUCUCAGAUGGCUCUUCUGCUUCCUCUUCAGACUCAUCAACGACACAACCACAACGUCUGAAGACACCCCACCUGAAUCCUGUCCUCAGACCACAAGGGAGAGGGACACCACCCUUUUGCUCACCACCUUCGGAGACAUUAAGGAGAGGUUGCCACAGACCGAGGACACGUGUGCGGUUUGCCUCAGCCAGCUGGAGAUGGAGGACGAGGUUCGGGAGCUCAUGAACUGUUACCACGUGUUCCACAGAGAGUGCAUAGACAGAUGGCUGGAGCACGAGCACGAGAAUCACAACCCCACGUGUCCACUCUGCAGAGCCCCUUUGCUGAGUUCUUGCUGCCACCACUACUCUGCCGCUUGUCAGCCUCCUCCUCAGCCUAGUUGGGCUGUUGAGAGACUUCUCUAUCUCUUCGGCGAUGAUUUGCUACCUUGCUAGUUACUUAGUUGUUUUGGUUUUUGUUUCUAGAUUCUGCACAAAAAUAGCUUAGCCAAAUAUUCAUUAUUUGUUAUCUUCAUCUUACCUCAAAUCAUCCUCUGUACUCUAUCCUCGUGUAAAUGUUGCUGCAACAAAAUAACUAGGACACCCACUGCCUUCAGGUUUCUGUGUGUAUAUAUUCAUAUAUUUUUUCA